ACUGCUAUAUUAGUUGUUCUUAUAUUUGUGAAGAAAAUAAUAGUUCACUUCUUAGAAAGUAUUGAAAUUAUCUCUGUUUUUUAUAUAAAAGUCUUGUUCAAGUCGAGUUAUCUGAAAAUUUUAAAGUACGCUAAACAGAAGUAAGUUUUUAAAAAAGAAAGGAAGUAAAAAUGUCUAAUAUAUCCGAAAAAUUUUGCCGAAUUUGUUAUGGUGGCAGCGAGUAUGAGGAGUUGAGCAUGCCAUGCAAAUGUUCGGGAACUAUGAAAUCCGUUCAUGAGUACUGCCUAAAGAGUUGGUUGAAGAGUUCACGAAAAUUAUGUUGCGAGUUAUGCAAGUACAACUACAAGAUACGUCUGACUUUUCGGAAAUUUUCCAGCCCACUUUUAAUAGUGUGUGUUGCAUUAUUCCGUUUAUUAUGCUUGUUCUUAAGCAAGAUUCAGUCUGCCAUCUAUAUGAUCAGCAUAACUCUUAUGCGGAUUCUUUUAUUAGCACAAACCUAUCGCAUAUAUGAAUUGCUUUUUGAGAACAUUUUUGUCAAAAAGCCACCGAGGGAAAUCUGUAUUGUGUUGGAAGCACUUUUUGGAAUACCAAUCACAAUUAUUGCGAGCAUAUUGAUAAUAUUAUUAAUAUAUGCGACUAUGGAAGCAAUCGAAAAAAUAGAUGGACUUCCAGACAGGGAAAUAUUUCGGAGAAAUAUUUUACUCUUAAAACAGGAACAUUCUAGUUCUGGAGAAACAAGCUUAAUUUAUUUUGCUGUCAACAUAUUUGUUAUGAAUUUACUUAUUUGCUUUCCAUUUCUAAUCGGUUAUAUCAUAUUGAGUGGUGUCCAUGUAGUGAACUUAGCCGAAGGAGCGAACAUCCUUACAGCAAUUAUGAUUACUUUAUUUGGUUAUUUCGUAAUCAUCUGCAUACUUGAAAUUCUACAUCUGCUAAGCUUUGAUUUGCUGAAAUAUACUCAUUUAAUCAUCAAAUCUCUUUUCUGCUAUCUAAUGGUGUUUUUUGCAUUGCCGUUAUCAAUUGGCUUUUGGUUGGAUGUGUGCAGCUUGCCGUUCUAUAGUAAGAGUUUCGAUGGUAUCUAUGCUUGGCACAACGCGAACCCAAUACAAUCUAUAAUUUUUUAUUGGAUUGUGGGAGCUGUUUUUGCAUGUUUUUCUCAUAUCUUAUUACUUCAACUAAGGCGCAUCAUUCAUAAUAGUUUACUGAAAAAACUAAUAUGGUUUGAUGCUCGAAAGAUGUCUUUUAAAAAGGAUUUUGAAAGAGGCUCUAUAUUAAAGAUCGCACUUCAAUUUGUCCGUGUACUUUCGUUUAACUUCUUCCUUGGUGUUUUGCAAUUUGGUGUGCCAGCGAAAGCAUUGCUGAUAUUUUCAAGCGGCGACUUAGAGUGGUAUAAAAAGGCGUCUUUGAUUCCGUUUAUACACCAAUUAUUGGUCUCCUAUGGGAGCCUAAGGUCAAUGAUGUACAUAUGGAGCAAAUAUUCUCUUAAACUCUUCGGUUUGCAGGACUACUUACUACCAAAAUCGGUUAAUGCGGAUGUGGAGAAUUUCUUGCAUCACUUUUUUUUUGCUCAAGCUAGGAUUAAAACACCAAAAAAUGUACCCAAUUGCGAUAGCAUUCCCUUUUUAUAUUGUCGAAUAUUUGGACUUUAUCUAAUAGCUGUAAUCUCAUUGUGUGGACCUUUUCUAAUAGGAGGAUUUAUUGAUAUUAUCGCCUUUUUUGUAAGUAGAAUUUUGAAGAAGUAUAUAUAUGGUUUCAUCAUUGUACUGCUCGUGGGAUAUGAGAAGCUACAACUUUUGAUCGAAAUAACUCUGUUUGGACGAAAUACUGCGUUUGAUAUUUUUAUUGCUCUCCAUUUCUGUACUACUGUCUUGACAUUGUCCAGAGAUUCAAUAGCUGAGGUUUUUAAUUUUUGGUACGAUAUUUUUAUUGUGCCACUCAAUGUAAUACCGGAACCUUUAAUAUUUAUAUCUUGGAAGGUAUUUAUGACUGCUUUUACGCUCGUAGGAGUGGUUUCCAUUUUUGAGGAGCAUUAUGAGCUCUUCUUUAGAAAAAGUUUCGUAUUGUUGAGGCAACAAUAUUUAAUUCUAUGUGUCGUGCCGUACGUCAUAGCGCAUUCAAUUGUACCACUACUGGUUCAUGACUACAAUCAAAGGACACACCUCUUACAAAAUUUCUAUAUAUUUUACAUCGUCUUAUAUAAAAUUUUACAAUGUGUUUUUAUGCUAUGCUGUUUGAAAACUAAAUUUAAGAAGUUUUGUGAAGAAGUCAAGAUAGUAGAUUUCUCUCAGGACAUCCAUUUUGACAAUUAUAAUGAGGAUGAAGAACUGGAAGAUGCAGGCAAAGUUAUGGUUUUGACAAAUGCGCCAACUACAUUAGUUCACAAAUUCUUUAAGAAUAUAGUAUAAAGUCAUCUAUACACUACUAAAUUAUUUACAUGUGCUUAAAUUAAUUAA